AGGUCCUUGCGCGCAGCAUGAGCAAGAGAGAGAAGAACUCAGUCAAUGCCACAGAGAAAAGUGGUGACAAAGCGAACAUGAGGGCCAAUGGAACCUCAAAGAACAACAAGCACUCGACUGAUAACUCUGGAUACGCUGUCAGCGGCCAGGCGAAGGAGGACGAUCGCCGGACAGGCGAUGGGGACGAGAAGCGCAAGAGGGACGGAAGCAACUACAAUACAAACAUCAACAGCAGACAGAAGCUAGCCGUCACACGCAGCACCAACACCAUACAAAGCAUAUCCGUCAAGGCCAGUAGUCUCAGAGCGGUCCAGUCCAAUGGGACUGCGCCGGAGAGGGAUAGCGGAGAUGCUGGAUUGGAUGUGAACAAACAGGCUGUGCAUGGGGUUCGCGAGAACCUUGCACCCACUCCUUCGGGUGGGGUUGGGGCGGGGCAUAAUAUUACGCCUGCAGCGGAGAGUAUAGGCAGUGGUGUGGUAGAGGAGGAGGAUGAAGACGAGGUGUACACAACUGCGCUGAAGGGCGCAACUCUGAGCGCGUCGGGCUGUGACGAUCAGAAGACCACUACCCAGCCACUGAAGGGGCAAACCACCACAGCCGUAACUCCUCUGGAAGCACUCAUCUCACACGCAGAUACAAGCAUGAGCAAGAAAGCGAGCGUGGACAGCGGACUGUAUAUGGAGGAGUCCCAGGACACGCUGCCAAGCCUGAAACAGACCAAGCCUAAGUAUGGCAAGACAAAGCAUCUGCCUAUAUCCAACCAUCACAUCACGGCGCAGCAAAAGACGGGCACGAGUCGUGAGAGAGAACUGCCGUUGCGCAAGACGCAGAGCUCGCUGGGGCUGGCUACGGGCAUCAUGCAUAUCAGUGAUCGCGUGCCUACCAGCUAUGAUAAGAAAGCCAAGUCGUUCUACGCACAAUCCGAACCCGGCCUCUCAUCCGCCAAGAUAGCGCCGUCGACUAAGAACCGAGAACGCCGAAAGAGCGAACGCACUUCUACCAAAAAUUCGCACAAGGUCAGCCAUGCGCGUCGUCGGCUGACAGAUGACUCAGGGCCUGCCCAGGCACGUAGGCGUACUAUGACACGGUCUAACAGCUGCUCGACGCUAUUUGUUGAGCAGACGGUGAGCAAUCCGGAUCUGGACAACAUUCUCAGAUGCAUGGCCAUUGCCUUCCACCUGCAAUUCCUGCGGCUGCAACGCGAGGUCAACCGACCCCGCACCUCAGCCACCGUCGCUCUGCGCCAACCCGCCAGCAACAUGAACGACAGCUCUGAUGCGCUAUUUUUAGACAGCCAAUCAAAACGCUCGACGGCGAAACACGUGUCAACGGCCAGAGGGAAACCAAGUUCACACAAGCACUCGCGUGAAGCAACGCAUUCGCGCGUGCGCAGUGGAGGGUUUGAUUCGCUCGGGCCCCAACGGUUUGACGCCCAUGUGGCGUUGCCCGAGUUCCCCUCUGAGUUCGAUGAGAUGAAGCAUCCACUGACAUCGAGGAGGGUGCCGUCUAUCUACUCGAAGGUCAUCCCUUCGGCCUCAGACACAUACGACUUCCUGCGAGCGUUGUUCAGUGCUGCGUUACUUAAGAGUGAGGUGGCCAUUGUGUCUAUGGUGUACAUCUCGCGCCUGUCCGAUCAGGGCGGUGUGGCUCUACAGCCGGCCAACUGGAAGCGUGUGCUUCUCGGUGCCUGUAUGCUUGCGAGCAAGGUCUGGGAUGACCAAGCAGUGUGGAAUACGGACUUCUGCGAUGUGCUCCCGGAUGUGGCCGUGACGGAUAUGAACGCCCUUGAGCGUGUGGUGCUGGAAAAGCUAGCCUAUGAUGUCAGUGUUACCCCGGCUCAGUAUGUAGAGCACUACCUUGCACUGCGCGACUACGGAGUUGCCGCAGACCUACACGACGGAAGGGAUUUGCCUGCGCUCACCACCGGCAACAAUGACUUCCUAUCGAGGCCAAGCUCCAGAGAGUUCUUGGAUGACACCAAGAAGACCCAGCUGCUACACACACACAGCUCCGAAGAUCUUCUCGGAGACGGCAACGCAGCGCUACUAGAAAUGCCGAUACGCGAUUGGUCCCAAUCGCGCCCGGUCUAGAGAUAGUUCGGUACGUUUGUCUGGAAAGCGGAGGAAAUACUAAGCAAGAGACUUCGUAUUGUAUAUUCCAAUCAGCUCUCCUGUGCACUGGUACUGUGUGGGCCCUGCGGCAUAUCCGGCAGUAUGGACAAUUAGCAAGUCUGGCGCAGUUGGGCUGAGGAACUAUUGUGAACGCAAGCUCCUACACACGCUUAACACCGGUCGAUACGAUGGCACAAGACAUCUAUAUAAGGCUGGUACGCUGUGGCGUGAUUUUGUUGACUCUGAUCAGCAUCAGUAUAUGUGUCGGCGGACGGGUGACUUGAAUUCAGAUGCAUGAGUAUUUGCGGGACAUUCGUGUACGUAUGUGCACUCACAUAUAUGACCAAAAGUACUCGAAACGGGGCACGUACACGAACUUGCACAUAACACAAAGACUGGUCAGCAUGGAUUGCUCACCAGAUAUCGAUAUAUUCUUACCGGACAACUAGCUGAAGUAUUACGUGUUAUUUAGAGAUGGCGAACCACUCCCACAUGACUUAUGCUUGGUGCCAUGUCUUUGAGGUAAUCAUCAAACCAAACCCGCAGUCUCGGGUGCGAUCUACAAAAGGUACUGGCUCGGAAUGAGACACAACCAUAAGUACAUACAACAUUGCGAGUACAAGCAACAGACUUGAGUACCGUAACGGAUGGUUUACAGGAGACCGAUUACCGCAGAAUACUCUGUCUGCGACAGGGAGAUUCCGAACUAAUGCAUUCCUUAGUCACCCCAAAGGCUGCGUGCACAUGUACACACUCAUGUCGCCCACUAUAUAGAUCACUAUACCAGGAUCACCCCAAGGAAUAAAAUAUACUGUAGGAACGCA